AUGUUUCACUUUGAUCUUGUCCCAGAUGGUCAUCCUGUGAACGCUAGGCUUUAUGCUCAACAACCACAGCAAGUAUAUGAUGCCUUGAAAGACCGCUACCCGAUACUAAUCAAUCAAAGGAGCGCACUUCUACAGUAUGACAAUGCCUCAGCAUGCACCGUCAAUGUGACCAGACGCAAACUUGAGGAACUUGAGGGGCUGGAAGUGCUGCUUCACCCUGCCUGCAGUCCAGAACUUUCACCAUCCGAUUACCACCUUUCCCGAGCCAUGAGUCAUUUCCUGCACGGAGAGAGGCUCAACAAUAUGGAUGAGAUUAAAAAUGGAUGCAGGGAGCUUUUUGCCUCUAACCUAGCCAAAUGGUAUAAGCGUGGAACUGAGCUUCUGACACAAUGA